GCAACUUCAUUAAUAGCUGAUAUAUAUUUAUAUUACAUAGAAACCCACUUAAGUUAAACUAAAUCUAGUUACAACUUAACUAGCCAUUAUCACUAGAAACCAUGGUGAUCAUUAUGAUUUUGUGUACAAAAUGACAGAAAACAGCAGACAUAUUUUGACAGAAUUGUGGCUGUGACAUCUCAAUGCCUGGUCACGUCUUUCAUACUCAAAAGUCCACCUCCUAUUUGUGGUGUCAAAAAAUAUCUUCAACUUGACUGUCAAAGUAUCUUCUACAUGAUCUCAAUAGUCUAACAAAACCAAAUGAACCAAACAAAACUCUGUCUGAGAAGCUAACAAAAAUAAAUGAAAAAGACCCAACCUGUCUCAUGUAAGGUUGAAGUUAACGUUUGUGAAGAUACCAUGGGAAUUUGACACAUAGAAAAAAUCAAAUAUAACAGACAUACAAACUUGAAGUUAACGUCCUGCAAUUAACAAAGCUGUUGCGUUCAGCAUUUAUAGAUGUGAGAUCACAAAACCAUCAAGUUCAAAUCUUUACUGGUCUUCUCCUCUUUCAGUAAAACAAUGACUGGAAGGAUGAAUUUCUACAGCUACUCACUCUUUGUUCUGUCAUGGUUACUUUUGUUAUUGUUGCUUGAAAUCAAUAAUGCUAUGUCAGAACCUGAAGAAUACAAGACAUACGUAGUCCACAUGGACCAUUCUCAUAAACCUACUUCAUUCUCAACCCAUGAGUUAUGGCACCGGUCUACUCUUAGAUCAUUGUCAAAUCCUGUUGAUGAUGAAGAAAAGUUGCUUUACUCUUACAACCAUAUCAUUCAUGGCUUUAGUGCUAGGCUCACAUCCUCUCAACUAUCUGAAAUUGAGAAAUCUCCAGCUCAUCUUGCUACAUAUCAGGAGUCACUUGGCAAGCUAUUCACGACACACUCCCCGGAAUUCCUUGGACUAGAACAUAACUCUGGCUUAUGGCCGGCUGCAUCAUAUGGAGAAGGUGUGAUCAUAGGUGUCUUUGAUACAGGAAUUUGGCCGGAGAGUGAGAGUUUUAAUGACAAGGGAAUGCCACAAGUACCACAGAAUUGGAAGGGAAAGUGUGAGAAUGGCACAGCCUUCAGCCCUUCAGCUUGCAACAAAAAACUCAUUGGAGCUCGAUCAUUUAGCAAAGGAAUCCAAGCUGCUGAAGGAAAUAUCUCCAAGGAAUUAGACUAUGACUCACCAAGAGAUUUUGAUGGGCAUGGAACUCACACAUCAUCAACAGCUGCAGGUAAUCAUGUACUUGGAGUGAGUCACUUUGGGUAUGCAAGAGGCACAGCGAGCGGAGUAGCACCACAUGCACAUGUCGCCAUGUACAAAGUCAUGUGGGAAACAGAUUCAGGAAAUAGUGCAGCAAGUGAUGUAUUAGCUGGGAUGGACCAAGCAAUUGCAGAUGGCGUUGAUAUCAUGUCACUAUCUCUUGGUUUCGACCAGACACCUUAUUUCAACGAUCUAAUUGCCAUUGCUUCUCUUUCGGCGGUUGAGAAAGGGAUUUUUGUUGUUUGUGCUGCUGGAAAUGAUGGAGCUCGUAAUUCAACAUACAAUGGAGCACCCUGGAUCACAACCGUAGGGGCUGGCACACUUGAUCGCAGUUUCACUGCAGCAGUAACUCUAGGUAAUGGGGUUACUUUUGAAGGAACGUCAUACUUCCCGGAGAGCAUUUACAUUACCAAUACACCACUAUAUUAUGGCAAAGAUGAUGCAAACAAAGCAAUAUGCUACAUGGAAGCUCUGGAUGCAAAAGAAAUUGCUGGAAAGGUAGUCGUAUGUGACAACAGCAGCAAGAUUGACAUUUCUAGUCAAAUGGAGGAGCUUGACAGAGUAGGUGCUUAUGCAGGAAUAUUUAUGACAGACAGAUCAACCUUAGAUCCAGAAGACUACUACAUUCCUAGUCUGGUUCUGCCAACAAGUUCUGGAAUGUUCGUAAGAGAGUAUGCAAAAAAUGCAAGUAAGGCAGAGAUAAGAAGCAUGAGGUUCCUGUUUACAAGUUUGGGUACAAAACCAGCACCCCAAGUGGCUGAUUUCUCUUCGAGAGGACCAGAUCCAGUCAACCCAACUGUUCUUAAACCUGAUAUUAUCGCUCCAGGAGUUGAUGUGUUGGCAGCAGUAGCACCAAAUAGGCCUUUCACAGAAACAGGUAACUAUAAGUUCGUGACAGACUAUGCCUUAUACUCAGGCACAUCAAUGGCAGCACCCCAUGUUGCUGGUGUGGCAGCUUUGUUGAAAGCUGUUCACCCAGAAUGGAGCCCAGCAGCCAUCCGAUCAGCUAUGAUGACCACUGCAUAUACUAAUAACAACAACGGAACUGCUUUGACAAACCAGUUUCUUGACCUUCCUGGAACACCUCUAGAUUAUGGAGCAGGUCACAUCAACCCAAAUAAAGCCAUGGAUCCUGGACUUAUCUACGACAUUGAAUUCCAGGAUUACAUAGACUUCCUGUGCAACCUUAGCUACAAUGACGCGCAGAUGAAAGCUGUUCUUAGAAGAAGUCAAUGGAAUUGCAGCCGAGAGAGAACUGAACUAAACUACCCAUCUUUUAUUGCAAUAUUUAGCAAAGAUGAAAGCUCUCCUAAAGUAAAGAACUUUACCAGGGUUGUGAGUAAUGUAGGAGAUGACAAAUCCGUUUAUCAGGCAGUUGCAACAACUUCUAGUAGAAUGACAAUAAAAGUAGAGCCUUCUACUCUAACAUUCACAGAGAAAUAUCAGAAGCAGAGUUUUGUUCUGAGUGUAGAGAUCGAUGGAGAACCUCCCAAGGUGGUUUACGGUCAUGUCAAGUGGAUUGAUCAAUAUUCUCACAUAGUAUCAAGCCCCGUAGUGGUCCUCCUCAACUUCUAGGUAAGACCUUCUAUGUAUAUAUAUUCAAGACACUAUGAAUCAGGAAAUGAAUGUCUGGUUAUUACCAUAAUAACUUCAGGCUUUGAAUGAA